CGAUCGACCAACUGAACCGGGCAGCCCAGCGCCCCAGCCUUGCGUCCUGCGGUCUGAAGACUCCGCAGGAGGGGACGCCGUCGCCGUCCGGCAGCCACUGCCUCCGCUGCUCUCCGGCGACUGACUCGCUCCACUCCCCGGCGAAAACAUGAUCGUCUGCGUCGCCGUCGUCGGACACCAGAACAACCCGCUGUACCUGCAGAGCUUCACGGAGGCGGACGACGCCCUCAAGCUCCACCACAUCGUCCACUGCUCCCUCGACGUCAUCGACGAGCGAGUAAACAAUCCUAAAAGGAGUGCGCCUACAUUGAAUGAGACAUUUUUGGGUCUUCUGUACCCAACUGAGAACUACAAAGUGUAUGGCUAUUUGACAAACACGAAGGUCAAAUUUAUCAUGGUCACGACUGAUCUUGAUGUCAAAGAUGCAGAUGCCAGAAAUUUUUUCAGGAAGUUCCAUGCUGCAUAUGUAGAUGCUGUCUCGAACCCCUUCCAUGUCCCAGGGAAGAAGAUUGCUUCCAGAAGCUUUGGCGCAAGAGUAAGCACCAUUGUGAAGUCCUUCGGUUCAGGAACAACUGGUUGAGUUGAAAGGCACUUUUGUCGGACUUCCUGUAAUCAAACAUGGUUCUGUCCCGCUGAUUGACGAUUUACUCUACAUUGUGUACUACUUGUAUGUUGAACGAGAUUCUAGUGUGGUACUGAUGAAAGAAAGAUGGUUGUUCAUUCAUUCAAA